GGAAGUAGUGCCGGUCAGUUCAGACUGGAUAAGUUCAGACAGCGGCGGUGGAAGAGAUCAGAGGUUCCCGCAGGCGUUCAGCUCCUGAGGACUUUUCUAGCAGUCGCGAACGCAGCUCCAGCCAUGUCUCAGACGAAGACUACGGGCUCUGCCUUCAUUCAAACGCAGCAGAUGCCUGCUGCUAUGGCAGAAACCUUCCUGGAGCACCUGUGCCUGCUGGACAUCGACUCUGAGCCUACUGUGUCUCGCAACACAGGCAUCGUCUGCACGAUCGGACCUGCCUCCCGGUCUGUGGAGACACUGAAGGAGAUGAUCAAGUCCGGCAUGAACAUUGCACGUAUGAACUUCUCCCAUGGAACUCACGAGUACCAUGCUGAGACCAUCAAGAAUGCUCGUGAAGCCAUUGAGAGUUUUGGACCUGGCAGCAUUGAGUACCGACCUGUGGCCAUUGCUCUGGAUACCAAAGGCCCUGAGAUCAGGACUGGACUUAUUAAGGGCAGUGGCACUGAGGAGGUCAAGCUUGUCAAAGGUAACAUGAUCAAGCUCACUCUGGAUGACAACUUCAAGGACAACUGCGAUGAGAACAUUCUGUGGCUGGACUACAAGAACAUCACAAAUGUGGUGCAGCAGGGCAGCCAUGUUUACGUCGACGAUGGUCUUAUUUCACUCAAGGUUAAGGAAAUUGGUUCUGAUUUCCUGAACUGCGAGAUUCAGAAUGGAGGCAUGUUGGGCAGCAAGAAAGGGGUGAACCUGCCCGGGGCCAAUGUUGACCUGCCCGCAGUGUCUGAGAAGGACAUUCAGGACCUUCAGUUUGGUGUGGAGCAGGGUGUCGACAUGGUUUUUGCCUCCUUCAUCCGCAAAGCUGCUGAUGUGCACGCUGUCAGGAAGGUGUUCGGAGAGAAAGGCAAGGACAUCAAGAUCAUCAGCAAGCUGGAGAACCAUGAGGGUGUGCGCAAAUUUGAUGAGAUCUUGGAGGCAAGUGAUGGUAUCAUGGUCGCCCGUGGAGAUCUGGGUAUUGAGAUCCCAACAGAGAAGGUGUUCCUGGCUCAGAAGAUGAUGAUUGGUCGCUGCAACAGGAUUGGUAAACCAAUCAUCUGUGCCACACAGAUGCUGGAGAGCAUGAUCAAGAAGCCCCGCCCCACCCGUGCCGAGAGCAGCGACGUGGCCAAUGCCGUGCUUGACGGUGCCGACUGUAUCAUGCUGAGCGGAGAGACCGCAAAGGGUGAAUACCCUCUAGAGUCUGUGCGCACACAGCACCAGAUCGCCCGUGAAGCUGAGGCCGCUAUGUUCCACAGGCAGUUAUUUGAAGAGCUUCGCCGUACCACCCAUCUGACCCGUGACCCCACUGAGUCCGUGGCCAUUGGUGCAGUGGAAGCUUCCUUUAAGUGCUGUGCCAGUGCCAUCAUUGUGCUCACCAAGACUGGCAGGUCUGCCCAGCUGCUGUCCAGAUACAGGCCACGUGCUCCUAUCAUGGCUGUGACCCGUAACGGCCAGACAGCCCGGCAGCUGCACCUGUAUCGCGGCGUCAUCCCCAUCCUCUACACCAAGCCUGCUAAUGAUGUAUGGGCUGAGGAUGUGGAUCUACGUGUCAGCUUCACCCUGGAGAUUGGCAAAGCCAGGAAGUACUUCAAGUCUGGCGACGUUCUCAUCAUUGUCACAGGCUGGCGUCCAGGAUCUGGCUACACCAACACCAUGCGCAUUGUUGUGGUGCCUUGAGCUCAACCUCAUGAACUGUACCCCGCCCCCCCAGCCUCCAGCAUGUUUUCACAUGCAAACAUUUUGUCAGCUGUUCAGCCUCCAAUAAAGAUAUUCAAGUCCCAAAAAUAGUUGUGGUGUGGCUCAUAUGCUUAAACUCGCAUCAAACCCUUUGAAUCCCUUCUCAUACCACCGGAAAAUUAUUUUCAUCAGCACUGUGCUGUAUGUGUCUACAGUGAACUUUUUGUAUCCCGAUACAUUGUGGAAUUCCAUUAUUUUUCUCUGUAUGUUUUGUUGUUUUUCUUGUUGAAAGCGAUUAAACAGCAUAUCGUUUUGUUCACUGUUUGUGUUUUCAUAUGUAGUCAAAGGCAUAUCCCAAUAACGCCACCCCGUGGACUAUAUUGAAAAUACAGAAUCUUGACAAUUA